UAUGUUGGCAUUUUAAUCAUGUAACCCUUCACCCAGUUAAUAAUCUGGUCUCUAACUUCUAAAUGUAAUUAAUCUCAUGAGAUACUUUAGUCUCAAUCAUCAUCAUAUUUACUUGAAGCAUUAAAUCAAUUCCCAUAAUAAAUUUAACAGAAAGCCUAGGUAAUACAAUAAGAGAACUAGAAAUUAAGAAAUGACAAUCAACUUCUGUAAUAAUAAGUAAAUCAUUUAGAGAAUAAGCAAUAAGAAUUGAUUAAUGAAGUAUUAUAUCCUUCAAUUUUAGAUCCAUGAUUUAAGAUAGUUAAUUAAGAGAGUCUAUAAAGAAGGGGAAGUGUCUGUUCAAUACUUUAAAAAUAAAAAUGUAAAUAUCAAAUAAAUUACUCAAGGUCAUUCUUGAAAACCAUAAUGACAGUUUAGAAAAAGCCCUCAAAAAUUUAUAAAUGAAUAUUCAGAUGUUUGGACAAUUAAAAGAACUUUCAGAGCUUAUGAAAUAAGAAGAUGAAUUUUGAU